AAAAAAAAAAAAAAAAAAGAGAGAAAAGACUUGAUGUUGGGGAAAGUUAAAAGGAGGGGGUGUGUUCUCGCAGGAGAGCAAGUAUCUAGCCGGCCAUACAUAUGGGUCCAUAACAGCCUCCCGGGACAUUUUCGUUCAUGUUGCAAUCUCUUUCCUACAUUUUCUCGUACGUAGCCAUCAAAGAGCCUGGGAAACGAAAGAAUAUUAGCAAUUAAACCUGACAUCAUAUACUGGAGAGGAGACAACUUAUACAACAAGGGUAAAUUAAGGGAGAGAUAUGUCAACAUACCAAUAAAAGUGGUAACCAGUCGGGAGCGAACUUGGCAAAUAUCUUCGGGAACAAGCCAGAUGGUCGCGCCCAUCUUUCGUGCAAUACUGAUACUCAAUUUCGCGUUUGCGUACGCAUCUUCAUCUGUACGUCCAGGGGUAACCAGGUCGUAGUCUACAUAGUUGCUCUUCAUUCCGUUGAGGACAUCAAGCAAGAAAAUACCAGUUCCUAUUGCUUGGUCCUUGAAACUACGGAUGGUCGAACCCUUGCCCCCAGCGCGUGACAUGUCAUUUGCCCAUUUGAUCAUCUCACUGUCGGUGAUCUCACGCUUACCCAUUCUCUGCGCGAGUGAGGAUAGUGUGUUGGUGAUAUCCUUGCGCAUGAGCUGCCAUACAAGCCCGAGGGUCAGUGUCCGCUGGCCGUCAGUAAUAUCGGCUCCCUGGAUGCCAACAAGGGAAAAGUGGUUUUGUUUUCCUAGUUCAAUGGCAUAGUUUGUAUUCUCCACAGCCUUAAACCGCAUGAGCUCGCCCCCGGAAGUAGGGAGUUUGUUGACAUGUCUCCAGUUAACGCUUCCUGGGAUAACUUUAUCAUAAGCUUGCAGGAGGAUUGUUCCAUCGCGAAGGUCGUCGAAUAACGAGUUGACAGCUGGUUGUACAUCCAGAGAAUUCAACCAAAGAGUGAAAACACGGGCUUCACGCUCACCCUCGGCAUCAAAAUCUUCGACUUCAAGCUUUUCUUCCUCUGUAAUAGGGUCUAGGCCUGGAUGUGUGUUGAAUAGGUUUGCCACGAAAGCAAGGUUGAGUUUCGGGUUGCCUGCUACUAGAGAAGUUGGGGUCAAAAACUUGCGGCAUUCGAGGAGGUCUGCAUUUUCCAAGACCUGAUUUGCUCGCUGGAGUAAGUCGUGAGUUUGGAGAGGUGCGCGGGAGCAGAUAUCUGGAGCUAACUGGUUGAGAAGGAUCGUAUAAUUUUCUCCAUCCUUGACGUCGUUUGAGAAGUUGUUGACUCUGAAUUGUUUUUAUCUACUAUUAGCGGUGGCAUAGAAAGUCUACUUCCAACAGGUACAUACCUCCUGUCCCACUUAGCAUUCUUCAGAUGGUAAUUGAACCAUCGCAACAAAAUUUGUUCGGGUGGAAGCCGGAGAAACUGUUCCAGAGUCUCAUCAUCUUCCAAAAGCCUGUAGAGUUCGGGGUGAAGCUUGAUAUCGAUUUUUCCGAGAAGGCCUCUGCGAAUAACCUGCCAGAUCAAGCCUAAUAUGAGGUGCUCUCGAACUUCGAUGAUAUCACCGCUACCAAUAUUGACAACGGAGCAGCCAAUGCCUUUAGCGGAGUUAAUGACGACAUUGUUGUUUUCGGUCAUAUGGAAAGCGUUUAACUGCUUUAUUUUCUUGCCUGGGCGGUUCAAUACUCGUUCAUCAAUGGUAUCGGGAACGCUGUCAUUGAUCAAUUUGGCGAGCACUAGGCCGUCUUUACAUUCGUCGAACAUCUCGAAGGUGUCAGUUGGGAACGGAAGGAGGUGGCCAAUAUCGGGAUCACCGGCAAGGACUGCGUUGAUAUGUCGUGUGAAUUCAGUCCGUUCGUCUUCAUUGAUGGUGUGGGUGACAUUCGCAGAGGAGCCUUGAACAUGAAUCUUCCCCCCGAUACUCCCCUUGGACACAUGGCGGGCACCGGUUGGGCCCGUGGGAGUUGGUGCUGGACCAGCAGAACGUUGGGAUGGCGCGGAUGAAGUAUCGCGGAGUUUUGCUAUCAGCUACAAUGCAAAAUAAAUGUUAGCCCCUCAAUGUGGACUCUAGAGAAGAGGGAAUAUGCGAGUUGUUUGGGCGGAGGUACAUCAACAUAGUCCUCGAGCUCAACGCGCCUCGAGCUGUCCAGCUCGACCUGCUUCAAGGCCUGACGAACAACAUCGUAUGGCUGUCUUUCAGAUUGCUGGGUUGCUUUAAUAGCCGUAGCCUCGUCAAGAUAGCCCUUGUCAUCCACAUCUAGACGCCGGAAAGCAUCCUGGAGAGAAAAUAUUUCGCUCUGUUGGAACUGGGGAUAUUUCCUGAAAUUGGUUGAAAAAUAUUCAUUAGCGCCUAGGAGGUCCAUUCAAUCUGCACCAACACUAGUAUAUCAUACUUUUGGAGUUUUAUGACGUUCAUCGCGGCAGUAGAACGAGGCGACUCUGGUUGAGGGUAGGGAGCUUUUGCGUUGGCGGGGUAGAUGUAUGAACAAAGGCGAGUCUGGCGACUCGAAAGCUAAAGAACCACAAUCGAUAGUAGGUCUGUUGUAGAUAGAGAAGCGCAGGCCUCGCUCGUGGAAAUUGGAAGCACAACGCGGCAGUUAGUACAAUGGAUGGGUAUAUAUAUCUCUCUGGCGUGGUGGUUGCAGCAGUUGAAAUUGCAACGCAGCGUCAACUAGGUGGGAUGGGGCUGAGGCCGCGUAUCAUAAAGCUUGUAUCGGGCGAUACCACUGCAGGCAGCAGCAUUCCGUGUCGUAUCGCCGUAUUUUACGACUGCCAUACAUCCGCCUACGUCAUGAGCCGAAACCAACAACCAUUUUUAUACUCAGUAGGAAUGACAACAAAUAUGUUCUUAUUAUCUAAGAGACAUAUCCAGACAGUGCGCGUUCAAGCUGGAGGCAAACUGUUUUUAAUCAAGGACUUCAGUUUACGUAUACACCACGAGUUGGCUACUGUAUCAUACCAUACCGUUCUUUGUGCUUAUGGUUUGAGGGUACAGCUCUCGACUUUUUUCCAACACCGCGCCCCUUGAUUGGAGAUAUCAGACAAGGACCCUGACAUUUGGCCUCAUAGGCCAAUAUUUCCUCGAAACUGGCAAACUACUCUUGCUUACUCUUUCGUCGCUCGUUUCAACUCUGUCCUACUAGCUUCACACAGCUGCGAAAAACGAUUUGGGGUCGUUGGGGACAGAUGUCCAAUUCUGACCCGCGGCCGGAUUCUUUCCCCGCUGCCUCCUCACGCAAUACAUCACGAAGCCGAAGCGGAACACCCCAACCUGAAGGCUUGGAGGCUGAGAAUGCAAAGCCAUGUUUACAACGGUCGCAGGGUCGUGACCAUACCGUAUCCCAAGUCCAUCGCAUCAGUGCAGCUCGCUAUCCAAGAGAUUGCCCCCCACUAAAAACUAGGUGGUUCUAUGCGGUUGAUACUCCAAAGUCGAAACCGUCGUUUUGGGGCAAGGAGGCAGUUGCUCCUAAAUCUCAGGGAGCUCCUAAAAAAUUUGUUCCUUUUUCGAUACGAGAUUCUCAGUCUAUUGAAGCUGCCUUUCAGGAUCUUGCGGAUCGAGAAGAUGCUGCGGAAUCAUCCAAAUUGAGGGAUACCCCCAGGGAUCCUUCUUCGCAGACUGUCAAGGUUCCCGUCAAUGAAGAUUACUUAUUCGAUGUCGACGUUCAGAAGAGGGAACUUGGCCCUGCCUAUUGGCAAGGCCCGAUAUACGAGGUUAGACGUGGUUCUUGGUUCUUUCAGGAAGGCUCAAAUCUCCGUCCGUGCGAUGAAAAUCUUGCAACUCAGUUGGAGGAAGGUUAUUUGAAAGUAAAACCAUGGAAUAUCCAACGAAAGCGCUCAUCGAGCAACCCGUUAGCGAGCAAUGUGUCCUUGUCUUCCAAAGACCACAGAAACGCAGGGUCACUGAACUCCAAUGCGGACCAAGUCAACAAAGAAGGUCCGUCUCAUGUAGCAGCGGGGGCGGCUUCAUCCGCAUCUAAGACUAUGAAUGAAACAUAUCGCCUUUUUGGGUCCUACAUGAACAAUACAGUGGCAUACCAGGAUGAAUCUACAGCAUGGCUUAUGUCCGAUGAUUUUGUAUCGAGGAUGAGCAAUACCGUAUAUCAGCGGCUCGGUGCAACCGCAGGGUCAAAAGUCGUUCGCGGAUAUUCGGAAAGCAAAAAAGUGAAAGAACUAGCAGACGGGAAAGCCGCCGAGUUAACACCCAAAAACCCGACUAAGUCCAUUAAAAGACAAUCAGCUCCUCCUGACUCUUUGUCUUCACCACUUGCCCCAGAUGAUAAUGGUCAGGAUCAGCCACUUGCCGCCUUGGAGCGCCAAAGAAGCCCACUUGAGCGUCAGAUGUCAUCUUUGACUGGAGAGCGACAGGACGAUGACCAAAUAAAAGAACUCGAAGAACAGGCGCGGAAACAGGAAGAAAAAGAGAUGGUAGAUUCAGGAGAAGUGGAAGGCGAAGAAGAGGACAGAGAAAUUGAUCAUCUCAUUCUUGUCACUCAUGGGAUUGGUCAAAGAUUGGGACUGCGUUUGGACAGUAUUAAUUUCGUGCACGACGUCAAUGUCCUUAGGAAGACCAUGAAAAGCGUGUACGCCGCAUCAACUGAUUUGCAGGCUCUUAACUCACAAGUCGACUCCGAGCUCAAAAAUUGUCGUGUCCAAGUCCUCCCCGUAUGCUGGAGACAUUUACUUGACUUUCCAAAACAAGGACUCAAACAGCACCGCAAGGAGCUCGACCUUGCUGACGCUGAUAAAAUGGCAGCCGAAGAUGAGCACUAUCCCAGUUUGGCCGACAUAACAUUAGAAGGGGUCCCUGCUGUUCGGAAUCUGAUUACAGAUCUGGCUAUGGAUGUUCUGCUUUACCAGAGUGCAUAUCGAGAGCAUAUUGCCGGUAUCGUGCAAAGGGAAUGUAAUCGCAUAUAUAAACUUUUCAAGGACCGCAAUCCAACGUUUAAAGGUUCUGUCAGUCUCUGCGGUCAUUCCCUGGGUAGUGCAAUACUUUUCGAUAUCCUCUGCCACCAGCCAAGUGAUUCAGGACACACGAAGCCCCCUAGUCGGGAUUCUAAACGUGCUAAAAUCAGAACAGCUGAAAAUCGCCAAUCAGAAGCCUUCCUCUUGGAUUUCGAAUGUGCUGAUUUCUUUUGCCUCGGAUCUCCGAUUGCCCUUUUCCAGAUGCUGAAAGGGAAAACUAUUGCCGGAAGGGACUUGAAAAGCUCAAAGUUUUCUCGCCAAUCAUACAAACCUACAGACUCUCAUAAUAUUUCAACAGGGACGUCCAUAACAGACUCGACCGGAUCCCCUUGUUUUCCCAACUCAGUCUCGUCACCUAAAUGCAAUCAACUGUUCAAUAUCUUCCAUCCGUCUGACCCUAUUAGUUACCGCAUUGAACCCUUGAUAUCCCCAGCAAUGGCUGCGCUGAAACCUCAACCGCUGCCAUACGUCAAACGGACAAUAUGGAGUACAUCAGGUCAGAGCCUCACCAAUAUCAGUACUCGCGUGGGUCAGAGUGUCGGAUCCCUCUGGUCCCAAUUUGCUUCCGGUGUUGCAAGCAGCUUUCUGAACCGCAGUUUGGGCUUGAGUGACGGAUCAACACAGCCGCAAUCAGCUGCUGGAGGUCCAUUAAAAAUAGCUGGCUUAGGUAGCGACUCGGACAACGAGAAAUCGCUCGCGGCUAGUGGGGAAGUGGUGACCAACGAACCGAGCCGAUCCCAGAAAUACCCGACGCUCAUCGAUGCGAAUAUCGAAACAUUAUAUGAUGGGUUCCAGAAAACUAGGAGCUCACCGACCGACAUAGCUAGUGGGUCGGAGUCAUCAACAAUUGAAGAUAUCGAGGCUGAAAAUCGCGCGCGCAAGAUAAGGUAUGAGGAGGCGAAAGUGCGCGCUUUGAAUUCUAAUGGCCGGGUGGACUACAGUAUACAAGAAGGAGCGUUUGAUAUAUCGCUUAUUGCCAGCAUUGCCAGCCAUCUUUCCUACUGGGCUGAUGAGGAUGUAAGCCACUUUAUCAUGUCGCAAAUGCUGUCAAGAACGCGCAAGGAGCGCCGAGAUGGUAAAACCACCCCUCUUUGCGAGCGAUGAUGUCGAAUCCAGGGGCCGUCCGAUGAGAUCAUUGGAUGUGAUAUGAUUGCCCCUGGCAAACAACCUACCCAGUAAUCAUGUUAAGAAAGCGUGAAUGCCUGAUAUGGACAUAGGUGUUCAAAACCUGAAAUCUACUAUGUAUCCACUUUCGACCCUCUUCUGAGUAGCUGCGGAAUACCAGAUUUAACUAGAUAUCCAUCUACAUGUCGCAUUAAGUUAUGCCAUAGGCGGAUUGGAUAUAGAUGAUAAAUAUCGUAGCAUAAAGCCUAUUCGUAUUUCAAAUAUGCCUAGUUUUAUGGAAUGAGACAGCGAUUUCAGUAAAGCUCCACCUAUUCGCCAUCUCCCAUACUCCGUGCCCAUUGUUGACUGGAAUUUUGCUUCCCCCCCCCAAACGUUUUGCGGGUGUCAUAACGACGUCAUCAUUUCCAUUCAACCUCCUUCGCCGUCUCCCCUCAUAAAGUCAACAACUCCCUCUUCUAGCACCAUUUCUUUUUUUGCCUUCAGCUUUCAGUUUACUAUUUAAAUACUUCGAGGAUAGCUAAAUGCUGGAAUUGAUACUCUUGACCAUUUAAAUAAUAAACAACUCUGUACAAGAGCAAUAUCUCCCACUUGAACCGCACGUACAUUCGAAAACAUGGCCACUCUUCAAUAUCUCCCCACCGUCAAACCAUCUGCCAUUGCCCUGGGCACUAUCUUCAAUCAUGUUGCAUCCUUGGGUGUCCUAACCCCAGUGUUCGGUGAUACCUACCAUCGCGCACAGGCCGCCAACUCAAAAGAGGAAUUCUUCAAGUCCAAGGAAGCUGCUUCUGCCGCAGCAGCAUGGAGCAGUUCUUUGAUUGGCAGCGCCGUGCAGAGCUAUGGAGUUGGCGCGUUGAUCAAUGCCACAGGCACAUUGAGUUAUAAGGGAGCUGCUUACCUGGGAAGCUUGAUUUUCUUUGCCAGUGCAGCGCCUAGUUUUAUCUCACAGGUUGUUACGGAGCGAAGGCCAAUGGAUACUGUUGCAGUUGGCGUCCUGACAAGAGUCCUGGAGACUGUUGGGUUGAGCUUGUUCCUCACCUGGUGGGGAACGAGAACUAAUCCCUUCGAUUAGGGAUAACUGGCACAUGGCGGACGUAUUCGACUGUACCAGGAUUUGUCAGGAAGGUAGGGAGGAUAUGAGGAAGAAGAAUGGGAAGGGAUGUCGAAUUUGUAUAUGUGAUUCGCUAUGUAUAAAUGGAUGUGCGUUUGAUUAUUCUCUGUACAGCCAUAAGAACUGGAAGGUAAAAACAUAUCAUAUGAUGUCUGCAUCUACUUGGAGAUAACUUCUUGGAGUGAUGCUCGAAGCUACGUUUCUUUAUGCGCUGGUCCUUUACUAUUAAUGAAAGUCAUAAUAAAAAAAGUUUAAAUAAUUGGAAUGCUUUUUCUGGUAGGAGUUUGACUGAAUAUUUUUUCUGAGUAUAUUGGUGUUUCCAUUCCUAUCUAUGCAUACACCUCGGUCCCCUAGAAAAUCUUUGAAAGUGCAUAGAACCACUGUCUGAGAAAAGGAGGGGAAGGGUGGCAAUGGUGAGCGGGGGAAAUUGGGAACUUUUUUUAGGUACCAAAUGCAAUCCAGAGAGUGGUGGAGCUAUUUUGCUACAUGACUAUAUGUAAGGAAGACCAACAAUCCCUAUUAUAGAAUUUCCAUACCGUAUAUGGCGUUGCGGACAGUGGUUAAUAAUCUAUGGAAUUACUUACAAAUAACAGGAGAAACAGUCACUAAAGUGCCGAGAAGAGGCUUUAAGAGUUCUAUGAUGACUUUUCGAGGAGAGAGUUUGUUCUUCUAAUGGCUCCUCCAACCCUGACAGUUGAUUCUCUUCUUUUCUUGACUGUAAUCUGAUACGUGAUAUUUAGACACAUAAAUCAAUAUAUGUUUGGUCUACUAGUUUCGAAUGCCUCUAGCCCCAAUGGAAAGCAUGGGAACUUUGAACCUAGUUUCCUGGCAAAUCGAGGUCUAUAUCAAAACGGCUCCGGCACCACGUUCGGAUAAGUAUUGGAAUCUACACCUACAUAUCUCCCAAGGGAGAUGUAUCUUGCAGUUGAUACGAAAUGUUCAUUCAAAUCACAAGAAUAAGCUUAACGAAAAGAAAUCUGUACAUUUGCCUCUAUGAGAUGAAAACUAAACUGGCUCUGGUACGGAAAAAUUACACGAAAGUACGGCAUGGAUAACUUUGAUGCAAUGUUAGCUAUACAUCACAGCAAUUGUCAUUCAUAGGGCACCUUACCUCGACGGAUAGCCAUGUUCAGUGCCUAGCUCAUACCUCGAUGCCGGGUUUAAGUUCGGAGCCAUAGGCGGGAGUCCCUGUGAGUCUAGCACACCCUGAACAUUCUUUUCCUUCUCGAAGAAUGCAGCUAACCCGUGUGCCUCUCCUUUUUGCCUAA